CAUUCCCCAUUGGACUUUUGCUACUUUUCUCGUCUUUUCUUUUCCUAUCUCUCAUCAACAAUAUUGCUUGCUUCCCCAACACACUCUCACUCUCACUCACUCACUCUUCACUCUCUUUUUUUCUCUCUCUCUCUCUCUCUCUCACUUUUGCUUUUUUUCUUUUGGUUUCACGCUGCGAAAUUUCCAAUGAUUUCUCCGUCAAAGCCCUAACUUCUUCUUCCCUCACCAGAUCUGAAACUCUCUCUCUAUUCAGAUCCUACUGUAAUUUGCACUUCCAAGUACGGACGUCUCGGUUCUCGAAGCUUUUCUACAUCUUCCAAAUUUUCUGCUUUAUUGUUUGAUUUCCAUUUCACAAUGGAGGAGCCAUUAGCACAACCUGACGAAGAUCCAGUACAAAAGCCCCAAAUUCCAACAAAAAAAACUACUACUACUUCUACUACUGCUACUUCAUCAGAAGCUGUGAAAAAGGUUGUGAAAACUGUGAAACCUGCUGCAGCAACUGGUUCUGUUAGGAAGAGAUUGGACUUAAAAACGGGUCCGGGUCUGGGUCCGGGUUCUGGUUCGGGCUUGAGCUCUACUUCGAGUGUGAUGAAGCCAACUUUGAGCGCGUCGUUGAAAACUGCAAAUGCUGUGCCGGCGGCCGCGAGGCGAAACAGCACGGGAGGGUUGCCGGAGAAGCGGCAGAGCAAUGCCGGUUCGGUUGCAGGCAGAAAGACUAGCAGUGUGUCGGGUUCGGAACCAGUGCGGCAGCCUGUACCGGAACCUAGAAGGAGUUCUUUGCCUUCGGUUGUUAACAAGGCUUCUUCGACUCGGAGUAGUGUUCCGGAGACUAGAAAGUCGAUUCCAGUGUCGCCAGUGAGCCGGGUUUCGAAAACAACACCAACUGGGUCCAAUGUGAGUAAGCAGGAGAGUGUGAGGAGGUCUUUGGUUAAGCCGGCACUGUCCGCCUCCUCCACUUCUUCUGCUUAUAGGAGGAUUACUUCUACUUCAUUGGACAGUAGCGGCAGCAGUGGGAUUAGGAGGUCGGUUUCGAAGCUAUCCUCCCCAUCAUCAUCUCGGUCGCCUACAGUUUCGAGUGGAUUGAGAGGUGGGUCUUUGUCGAUGUCUCUGGACAGGAGUGCUAAUUUGUCUGGACGGAGAAAAGUGGGGACUCGGACUCCUGAAAGCCGGGACUCUAGGUUCAUUGUUCUUCCACAGGUGGAGAUUAAAGCUGGCGAUGAUGUGAGGUUGGAUCUUCGGGGUCACAGAGUUCGCAGUCUCAAUGCUAGUGGCUUGAACUUGUCAGCAAAUUUAGAGUUUGUUUAUCUCAGAGACAACCUCUUGUCUACAUUGGAAGGAGUUGAGAUACUGAAGCGGGUGAAGGUUCUUGAUUUGAGCUUCAAUGACUUUAAAGGGCCUGGAUUUGAACCUCUUGAGAAUUGCAAAGCUCUACAGCAACUUUAUCUUGCUGGAAAUCAAAUCACAUCGCUUGCAAGCCUUCCACAGCUUCCUAAUUUAGAGUUUCUUUCUGUUGCUCAGAAUAAGCUGAAGUCUCUUUCGAUGGCAAGUCAACCUCGACUGCAGGUAUUAGCUGCCAGCAAAAACAAAAUUUCCACUCUAAAGGGCUUCCCAUAUUUACCAGUUCUUGAGCAUUUAAGAGUGGAGGAGAAUCCUAUUCUUAAGAUGCCUCAUUUAGAAGCAGCUUCCAUUUUGCUUGUUGGUCCUACUUUGAAAAAGUUCAAUGAUAGAGAUCUUUCUCGGGAGGAGUUGGCGAUAGCAAAGCGUUAUCCUGCACAAACGGCUUUGUGCAUUAGAGAUGGUUGGGAAUUUUGCCGUCCAGAUCAUGCAGCAGAGUCAACUUUUCGUUUUCUUGUUGAGCAAUGGAAAGAUAAAUUGCCUUCUGGGUACCUGCUCAAGGAAGCCUCAGUGGAUCAGCCUUCUGAAGAAGAUGCUUGUCGAUGCCACUUUACUUUCGUCCAAGACGGCACAUUGAGCACUGAUCCGCCAUUAGUAUUAAACUAUCAAUGGUUUAUGGGAGAGAGAAUGCUUUCAAAUUUUGCUGCUAUUCCUGAUGCUACUGGAGAGGUUUACUGGCCAAAGCAUGAAGACAUUGGUAAAAUCUUGAAAGUGGAAUGUACUCCUCUACUAGGAGAAACCAAUUAUCCUUCCAUUUUUGUCAUAUCCUCACCAGUUUCACGAGGAAGUGGAAUUCCAAAGGUUGUGAACCUUGAAAUCCAAGGGGAACUGGUAGAGGGAAAUGUCAUCAGGGGUUAUGCUGAGGUUGCAUGGUGUGGUGGGACUCCAGGGAAAGGUGUUGCUAGUUGGUUGAGGAGAAAAUGGAACAGCAGCCCUGUGGUUAUUGCUGGUGCAGAAGAUGAGGAGUACCGGUUGGCUAUAGAUGACAUUGAUUCAAGUCUGGUUUUUAUGUACACACCAGUAACAGAAGAAGGUGCCAAAGGAGAACCUCAAUAUAAAUAUACAGAUUUUAUUAGAGCAGCUCAUCCAUCAGUCAGUAAUGUCCGAAUUAUUGGAGAUGCUGUUGAAGGAUGUACAAUCAAAGGAGUUGGUGAUUACCUUGGAGGAAGAGAGGGUCCCAGCAAGUUUGAAUGGUUACGUGAGAAGGAUACAGGAGACUUUUUACUAGUGUCAACUGGUACUUCCGAGUUUACCUUGACCAAAGAAGAUGUUGGGCGACGCUUGGCUUUUGUAUAUAUUCCUACCAAUUUUGAGGGGCAGGAAGGCGAAUCUGUAUCAAUAGUGACUGAUGUAGUGAAGCAAGCACCACCAAAGGUAAAAAAUGUAAAGAUAAUUGGUGAAUUGAGGGAGAACAGCAAGAUCACUGUAACUGGUAUUGUUACUGGAGGAACUGAGGGCUCUAGCAGAGUACAGUGGUUUAAAACAAGAUCAUCCAUAUUGGAUGGUGAGAAAGAUCUUGAAGCAUUGAGCACUUCCAAGAUUGCAAAGGCAUUCCGCGUACCCUUAGGAGCUGUUGGCUAUCGCAUUGUUGCCAAAUUUACUCCUACUACUCAAGAUGGUGAAUCUGGUGAACCAGCAUAUGCUAUAUCAGAUAAAGCAGUUGAGACUCUUCCCCCUAGCUUGAAUUUCUUAUCUAUUACUGGUGAUUACACUGAAGAUGGGAUAUUGACAGCAUCAUAUGGCUACAUAGGUGGCCAUGAGGGUAAAAGUAUCUACAAUUGGUAUCUUCACGAGGUUGAAACUGAUUCUGGUUCACUUAUACCCGAGGUUUCAGGACUUCUUCAGUAUCGAGUUACCAAGGAUGCAAUUGGUAAAUUCAUUUCCUUCCAAUGUACUCCAAUACGUGAUGAUGGGAUUGUGGGUGAGCCAAGAAUUUGCAUGGCGCAGGAACGUUUUCGCCCUGGAAGCCCAAGGUUGCUGUCUCUACAAAUAGUUGGAAAUGAUAUUGAAGGAGCCACGCUAAGUGUUGACAAAAAAUAUUGGGGAGGUGAAGAGGGAGAUUCGGUGUUCCGCUGGUUCCGGACCAGUUCUGAUGGCAUGCAAAGCGAAAUUUGGGGUGCAACUACUGCAUCAUAUAUGCUUUCAGUUGAGGACAUUGGCUUCUUUGUUUCGGUUUCUUGUGAGCCUGUGAGAAGUGACUGGGCUCGUGGUCCAAUUGUUCUUUCUGAACAAAUUGGACCUAUAAUACCUGGUCCCCCCACUUGCCAGUCUUUGGAGUUUCUUGGAUCAAUGAUAGAAGGGCAACGUGUGAGCUUUAUUGCAUCUUAUAGCGGAGGGGAGAGAGGUAGCUGCUUCCAUGAAUGGUUUAGAGUGAAAAGUAAUGGCGCACGAGAGAAACUAAGUACUUUUGCAGAUUUUCUGGAUUUGACUCUUGAGGACGUUGGAAGAUGCAUUGAACUUGUUUACACUCCUGUGCGCCAAGAUGGAAUGAAGGGGAGUCCUAGUAGCAUAUCAUCUGACAUAAUUGCUCCGGCGGAUCCCAUAGGAGUGGACCUAGAAAUUCCUGAUUGCUUUGAGGAUGAGGAGGUAAUCCUGCAAAAAACGUAUUUUGGUGGACAAGAAGGUGCUGGGCAAUAUAUGUGGUACAGAACAAAAAAUAAGCUGCAUGGAUCUGCAUUAAUGGAUAUAUCUAAUGCUUGUGAAGAUGUUGUUAUAUGUGGUAAAACACUAACUUACACUCCAUCACUUGAAGAUGUGGGGUCUUAUUUGGCCUUAUAUUGGCUGCCCACUCGUGCUGAUGGCAAAUGCGGGAAGCCAUUGGUUGCAAUAUCCAACUCUCCAGUUGACCCAGCUCUUCCAGUAGUUUCUAAUGUUCGUGUGAAGGAGUUGUCUUCGGGUGUUUAUUCUGGAGAAGGUGAAUAUUUUGGUGGAUAUGAGGGAUCAAGCCUUUUCAGCUGGUACAGAGAAACUAAUGAGGGAACUAUUAUUCUUAUCAAUGAUGCUAGCUCAAGUACUUAUGAGGUUACUGAUUCAGAUUACACUUGCCGUUUGUUGUUUGGCUAUACUCCAGUCCGUUCAGAUUCAGUUGUGGGAGAACUCAGAUUGUCUGAGCCGACUGAUAUUAUUCUCCCAGAGCUUCCAAAAGUGGAGAUGCUUGCUCUCACUGGAAAGGCAGUUGAAGGUGAUGUACUCACUGCCAUUGAAGUGAUUCCAAAGAGUGAGACUCAACAACGUGUUUGGAGCAAGUACAAGAAAGAUGUCAGAUACCAAUGGUUCUGUUCAUCAGAAAUGGAAGAUAGAAAGUCCUAUGAACCAUUACCUACACAACGGUCUUGCUCCUACAAGGUGCGGCUUGAGGACAUUGGUCGAUGUCUGAGAUGUGAGUGCAUUGUGACUGAUGUGUUUGGAAGAUCAACUGAGCCAGUAUAUGCUGAGACUGCACCUAUAUUGCCAGGGAUGCCUAAAAUAGAUAAGCUGGAGAUUGAGGGGAGAGGUUUCCACACCAACUUAUAUGCUGUUCGUGGCAUUUAUAGCGGAGGAAAGGAAGGCAAAAGUAGAAUUCAAUGGCUUAGAUCAAUGGUUGGAAGUCCUGAUCUCAUCUCUAUUCCAGGAGAAAUAGGAAGGAUGUAUGAAGCUAAUGUUGAUGACGUGAGCUACAGGUUAGUGGCCAUUUAUACUCCUGUUAGAGAGGAUGGAGUUGAGGGGCAGCCUGUUUCUGCAUCAACUGAUCCGAUUGCAGUUGAGCCUGAUGUUUAUAAAGAAGUGAAGCAGAAGCUUGAUCUUGGAUCUGUGAAGUUUGAGGCACUAUGUGACAAGGACCGAUCUAAAAAGGAUCCUUCAAUGGGGAGUCUUGAAAAAAGAGUCCUAGAAGUUAAUAGAAAAAGAGUCAAGGUUGUAAAGCCGGGUUCUAAAACUUCAUUUCCAACUACUGAAAUUCGAGGAAGUUAUGCACCUCCUUUUCAUGUGGAGCUUUUCCGAAAUGACCAACAUCGGCUUAGAAUUGUGGUGGACAGCGAGAAUGAGGUUGACUUGAUGGUGCAGUCCCGGCACCUGCGUGACGUUACCGUGCUUGUGAUCCGAGGCCUUGCCCAGCGAUUCAAUAGUACAUCACUCAAUUCUCUCCUCAAAAUAGAAACAUAAGUCUGUUUAAGAAGUGUAAAGUAAAUUCAUUUUAAAAUAUAUCAUCUUAUAGGUGUUGAGGCAUGCUUGUCAUCACCUCUCUCCAUUUUUUUCCCAUUGUGCUUUUAGCACCAUCAUCAGUGUUGGUUUCAUUGCAAUGUUUAUUAUUAUUAUUAUUAUUAUUUUUUUUUGUGUAAGAAAUGUUGUGCAGUGGUCAAACUAUAGGUGAGGUCACAAUCAUUGUAUAUUAUUGUAUUAAUGAUAAUAUUUUCAAGCUAGUUGUACUA